AUGUUUGCUCGCGCGGCUACCCGCACCUUCCAGGUGGCCUCGUCACCGCUCAAGCAGACGACCCGUCGCUACGCAACGACGCCCGGCGGCGGCAGCAACAACACGGUCGUGCUUGCGGGCGCAGCGCUGGCCAUUGGCGCCGGGGCGUACUACAUCCUGUCGACGACAACCGGCACGACGCCCGCGAAGAAGGCCGAGGCGGCUACGGACAAGGCGGCCGAUGUCGUCGGUGCGGCCAAGCAGGCGGCCAAGGAGGCCUUCCGGGGCGGCGACCAGGGCUUCGUGCCGCUGACGGUCGAGAGCGUCGACGUGGUCAACCACAACACCAAGCUCGUGCGCUUCAAGCUGCCCGAGCCGGACCAGAUCGCGGGCAUGCACGCUGCCAGCGCCCUGCUGACAAAGUUCAAGCCCGAGGGCGCCGAGAAGGCCAUCAUCCGCCCCUACACGGCCGUCAGCGACGCCGACGCGCAGGGCCACCUGGACCUGCUCGUGAAGCGGUACGAGGGCGGCAAGAUGUCGCCGCACAUCCACAGCCUGGCGCCGGGCGACACGCUGGACUUCAAGGGGCCGAUUGUCAAGUACAAGUGGGCGCCCAACAAGCACGAGCAGAUUGGGCUCGUGGCGGGCGGCACGGGCAUCACGCCCAUGUACCAGCUGAUCAAGGCGGUGCUGCGGAACGCCGACGAGGACAAGACCAAGAUCACGCUCGUGUACGGCAACAUUGCCGAGGAGGACAUUCUGCUGCACAAGGAGCUGCGCCACCUGGAGAACACGUACCCGCAGCGGUUCCGCACGUUCUACGUGCUGGAAAAGCCGACGGCCGACUGGCAGGGCGGCAAGGGCUACAUCACCAAGGAGCUGCUGAAGCAGGUGCUGCCGGAGCCCAAGGCCGGCGACUUCAAGCUGUUUGUGUGCGGCCCGCCCGGCUUGAUGAAUGCGGUGUCGGGCAACAAGAAGUCGCCGUCAGACCAGGGCGAGCUGUCGGGCGCGCUGCAAGAGCUGGGCUACACCAAGGAGCAGGUGCUGAAGCUGUAA